GUAGCCUUUGGUACAGGGUGUAUGGUUAGCAUCAGCUGCUCUGCUAACAGUAUAAAUGUUCGUCUAUGAGGACCGAAUUAAUGCGGAUCAUUAGCCGAAGACCAACUGACAGUUUGUCCGGGUAUUGUUAUUGAAGCAGGAUUUCAGGAUAAUUUGACUUAAGAGUUGAUUUGUGACGCUUGUUGCCGUCACUAUGCACAGCUAAGCAGGCCAAGCCAAUGGAAGGGCAAUCACCACAAUAAUAUAUUCUGCAGAUUGGCUUUGCCACUAUUGGUUUGCACCCCCACUGCUUAGGAUUUGUUUCGGUAUGGAUCUAUGGAACUUUUCAGUGGAUUUACACCUAAACGGAGUAUAAGAACUGGAAACUAAUUAUCUUGGUGUGAUAAGUGUACUUUUUGUGCUGGAGGAGCCAAGUCAACUAGCGAAUCUUUUUUACUCUGAGACCACAGGUCACAUACUCCGCGUACAGGAACAGCCAUUAGGCUGGUUCAAGAAGAUAAGCAAAAUGGCGGACCUAGAAGCAGUAUUGGCUGAUGUGAGCUAUCUCAUGGCCAUGGAGAAGAGUAAAUCCACUCCAGCGGCCAGAGCUAGCAAGAAAAUUGUACUACCGGACCCAAGUGUCCGUAGUGUCAUGCACAAGCAUCUGGAGAAAAUGGGCGAAGUGACAUUUGACAAGAUAUUUCAUCAGAAACUGGGAUUUUUACUGUUCAAGGAAUACUGUAGCAACAUGUGUGAGGAGCCUGUCCCUCAACUGAAAUUUUACGAAGAGAUUAGAAAAUUUGAAAAGUUAGAAACGGACGAUGAAAGGAUAAAAACAGGAAAAGAAAUAUAUGAUCAAUUUAUAAUGAAGGAAUUAUUAUCCCAGUCACAUACAUAUUCGAAAGAAGCCGUCGACCACGUGCAGGAUAUGUUGACACAAGCACAGAAAAUCCGGGCAUUAGCUGCAGACGUAUUUGAGCCAUAUAUUGAAGAAAUAUGUAAUUCAUUAAGAGGACAUAUAUUUGAAAAAUUCUUAGAAAGUGAGAAGUACACACGAUUUUGUCAGUGGAAAAAUUUAGAGCUGAAUAUACAAUUAACAAUGAAUGAUUUCAGUGUACAUAGGAUUAUAGGGAGAGGAGGUUUUGGAGAGGUCUACGGGUGUAGAAAGGCAGACACUGGUAAAAUGUAUGCAAUGAAGUGUUUGGAUAAGAAAAGGAUUAAGAUGAAAGGUGGAGAGACCUUGGCCCUCAACGAACGCAUAAUGCUGUCUCUAGUCAGUACAGGGGAGGGUAGCCCGUUCAUAGUGUGUAUGACAUAUGCAUUUCAAACCCCCGAGAAGCUAUGUUUUAUCUUGGACUUAAUGAAUGGAGGAGAUCUCCAUUAUCAUUUAUCUCAACAUGGUGUGUUCUCAGAGAAGGAGGUCCGGUUUUACGCUGCUGAGGUUAUCUUAGGGCUUGAACACAUGCACAAUAGAUAUGUCGUAUAUAGGGAUUUGAAGCCUGCCAACAUACUAUUAGACGAAAAUGGGCAUGUGAGAAUUUCAGACUUGGGUCUAGCCUGUGAUUUUUCAAAGAAAAAACCUCAUGCAAGUGUGGGUACGCAUGGCUACAUGGCACCAGAGGUCCUUUCUAAAGGAACGGCGUACGACUCCAGUGCCGACUGGUUCUCAUUCGGCUGUAUGUUGUACAAGUUAUUAAAAGGUCACAGUCCUUUUAGACAGCACAAGACGAAAGACAAACAUGAAAUAGAUAGGAUGACGAUGACAAUGAAUGUAGAGUUCCCCGAUUCGAUGUCCCCGGAGAUGAGAUCGUUGCUAGAAACCCUGUUGAAGAGAGAGGUGGAGGAGCGACUGGGCUGCAUGGGCCGUGGGGCGUUGGAGUGCAAGGAACAUCCCUUCUUUAAGGGUCUUGAUUGGAACCAAGUCUACCUCCAGAAAUACCCCCCUCCAUUGAUACCUCCACGAGGGGAGGUGAACGCUGCCGACGCAUUUGACAUCGGUUCAUUUGAUGAAGAGGACACGAAGGGCAUCAAGUUGACGGAGUCUGACCAAGACCUGUACAGGAAUUUCCCACUUGUUGUAUCCGAGCGAUGGCAGCAGGAGGUCGCCGAGACGGUAUUCGAUGCAAUCAACCAAGACACGGAUAAAAUUGAACAGAAGAGGAAAAACAAACCAAGAAUAGAUGAUGUGGAUGUUGGUCCCACUGACUGCAUCGUGGAAGGUGAGGUUCUGAAACUGGGCGGUCCGUUCUUACAAACAUGGCAAAAGAAGCACCUCAAGUUGUAUCCAAACCGACUGGAGUUCUACCACAAGAACAGAGAUGGGCAGGUUGUGCGGAGCAAGGGUGUAGAGCUAAUAUCAAUGUUAGACAUAAAAGAAAUACUCCAAGAUUUCCAGAAGCUCAACAAAACUGACAACUGUAUAGUUAUCCACUUGAAAAAUGACACCAAACUAGCAAUUACAUCACCUGAUCGGGUACUUAUCAACCAAUGGAAGGAUGAGAUCAUGAACGGUUUCCACUUGUCAACGCAGAUUAUGGGCAAAAUGAACAAAAAAGCCAGUAAAAUGUAUGGUGCAGAUAUGCCCGGCGGACAAGUCACGGGUCACAAUGCCGAGAUUUAUACCAAACAGCCAUUAGAACAGAGAAACAGCAAUGGCAGUUAGACAUGGUAGACUCUGCGCCCGAUGGGAACACAACUCUGUGCAAAAAACCUCUGAAUGUAAAUAUAGAAGUAUUCUCUUGGUCACCUGCAUGUGGUGCACUGGUGGUUCAAGCACAGACUUAACACUGCCAUGUGUCUGGCACACUCUGGAUGUCACUGAUGGACUGGAGGCUCACUCAUGCACGGAGGCCUGAUCGUCUGUGACCGGAGGCUGAUUCGGAGGCAUUUGACUGUGUACCUGGAAACUCGCAAAUAUCGGCCUCGAGGAUUAGCUCAGCAAUGUUGUCAUGAAUAUAUGCCCAUUGUUACUUCUGACAGUGGCCUCAUGCCAGGGAACCUUUAAUACGAAGGAGUGACUUGGUAUGCAGAUUUCAGAUGGAGGGCUCGGUGAGAAAGUGUGUUGAAACUUCUAGUAUCCAACCUGUAGCAAUUUUAUACAUGGAAGUACGUACAAUUUUCAUCUUGAUGCCCUUGCACUGAUGAACAGUCAAAUGUGUUGCGCCCCCUGGAGCUAUCUCUUGGCAAGUGGAUUAUCAUCUGAGAGAUCCAGCAUAUCUCUUGCAAUAACUAUGUUGAAGGUUUCUUAAUGUGCUAGUGCUUUAGAUAUUCUCUCAAAGAAUGCUGCUCUCAUACGUCUAAACUGUGAAUGGUACUGUUUUGGGUUGUUGUGGAUCAACAACUUAACUGAGGACAAAGGGAUAGUCAACAGAAUGUAGCUAUUGCCAUGGAUGUGACAAUGUCAUGUUGAUAUAAAACAUGGCUGCCUGGGUGAUCACUUGUUGUUAUGCAACCAAGAGGUUAAUACCAUGUUUCAUUCACUUGGAUGGAAUCAUUUUCUGGAAGUUCUACUGGCCGGUUACCAGAUGUUUUACACGUUUCUGAGUCACGGUUGGGUAACCGAUGUUUGGAUAGAUUACAGAAAGUGGACUAUUUGAUGUUGCUUUGAUGGCUCCGAGUGGAUGACCUGAUGUCGAGCAGAACUCUGGAUUCUGUCAUUGGAAGCUAUCAUUCACUGUUAGCUACUUGCAUUUUGUCUGAAAAAGCUAGUUUCAUGACUGAGUUCAAACCUGAGUCAAUCGCGAUCUCAGUUUCUUUAGGAUACUCUGUACGCUGAGUCUGACGAUGUCAACUGCAUGUGUGAUUUCAAACAGCUACUUGAUAUUACAUAAACUGUGCAUUGAUUUUAGUGGGAUUGCGACUUCCCAAUUGUGAUGACACAAACCAUUUAAUUCCUCAAAAUGUGUACGUCAUUAUAUACAUAUUGUGUAUAUUUGAGAACAUAUCCUCUCGAUGAUGCUUAUUUUCUUGUAAAUUAUGGACGCAAGUGCGUAUUUCAUCAUGGUUUUCUAUACUGUGAUCUUGACGUGGCCGGAAGCAUUAGAUUAAUAAAGCUUUCCGAUUGUGCUUGCAGUGAAUUCUUUGUCCGUGUGCUUUGAAUGUGUGCAUAUAUACAAUAUAAAGCACGGAUUGACAAAACCACAAAACCAAAACCAUAGCUUGAUGGCUGUCAAAUUCUUGUGGCUGAUCAGCACAAGUCAUUUACUCCAUUGUAGCACUGACAGUCUAAUACCAAAAUCAUUGGUUUAAUCUCAAGGAAGUAAAAACUCAUCAUCCUUUUCAUCUGUUAUCAGUUCCACGGAAAAACAGAUCUGAUGCUUUCUCUGCCGAAAAAACCUGGUGAUGGUGUGUGGCAUUUGAAGUGAGCUGCACACAGCUCUUUGUUGGUUUCUUAUAGGUAAAGUUUGGAUUGGUAUGAUGGCAUGGUUGACUGUGUGAGCCAUUUUCUUUCCCUCCUAGUAACCGAGCUUGUUGCGGGAGCAAAAUUGGGGUUGAAGAAUGUUCUCGUGGCAAGCUAUGAUGGAUGGCCAAUGGAGAAAUAUUUUAAGAGUUCUUUGAAUAAGAUAUCAGGUGACAAUUUGGAAGCAAUGCCAAAGAAAACGUCUGGUUAAUAUCAUUUUCUUGGACAUUUUUUCCAUUUGCCUGAUUUUCCUCGUCAUUUUUAUUGUUUUUGUUUAAAUUGCAGUCUUGAUGACUGAUCAUGUUAGUGAUCCUGUACAGUAGGCACUGUUGAAUAUUGUUUUCAAGGCUGUUUGUGCAUUUCACCUAUGUGUGAGGUUAUAUAUGCCAUCUAUAAAAUGGUGUAAAUUAAAUCAAAUGAUAUUAUCCUGAUUUAGGAAUCCAAGAAAGUAUUGGUAUUUUGACAGGAGGGUGAACAUGUGGAUAUUUAUGUACAAGUGAUGCUUGUAACGUUGCAACAGUCUGUCUUGAUAUUUUAAUAACCACUAUAUCUCGUUACUACGAGCCUCCGUAAAGUAUAAGAACCAUGUACAUAGGUAGGAUUUUGACUAUUUAAUAUAUAUUCAUUAUGUGUAUAUUACAACAAUGAGGUGUUCAAAUUAAGGUAAUAAUGUGAGAUGUAACAGAAAGUUAAAGCCAAAUAAUGAAGAAUGAAGAUUUGUUCAUACAGAAAUAAUUUUUUUUAUUCAGUGCUAUUAGUUAGCUUACAAAAGUUUAUCUUCUUAUGCCCAGUCACAAGUUCAAUGUAGACUAGACGUGACUUGACUAGAUUAGACAUGACAUACCAAGACUAGCCAUUUCAGACAUCAAGUUAGACCAGACACUGAACACAAUAGUUCUCUAGCUUUUACUGUACCGGGUGAUGUCUGAUCAUAAAGAUGUCUAAAAGCCUCAAAAUGAUACUCGCCUCUGGACUUGGUAUCAAGUCUCAUCUGGUCUAAACUUUCAUAUUUGUUAACAUAAACUGAGGGAGAUAUCAGUGUGAUCUUUAUGUUUGAUUGUUAAGCAUUCAGGCAAGUUUUGCAGUAUUUUCAUGAACUACCCUAUCAGGACUAUAGUGAGUUGAAAGAUAUGGUGUACAUAUUAAGACAUUGCAACUUGUCAACUCAUCUCAUUUUUCGUGUAUUUUAUAUGGAAAUCUUCAUUUCUUUUCAAAGUAUUCUGUUUUUCCCUGUACAUGUAUAUAUGUACAUACUGUGACUUGGUAGAGCUUGAAUUGUAAGUGUUCUUGUAGAUUUUUAUCAGAAAGUUCUAGAAAUGAUAAUUGAGUCUUUGGAAAGGUGACAGAAUGUACAUGUAUGAGAGGUGAAAUGUAAUGAUCAUACUGUGUAUUCAUGUGUACACCUGUGGAUUGUUCAUUCAGCCAGAUUGCUAGGGUAGAUUCAUCUUGAUUUGCAGAACCAUAAGCUGGUUACACACUGUGAAAAUCGACAUUUGAAAAAAAUCUGAAAAGCGUAGAAAAGAGGUCGUGCAGGUGAAGUCAUCACAGACUACGUCAUUGAGCCAUUCAGCACACUUUGUCAUUGAGGCAGUGUUGGUAGUUGUAAAAUGAUGUCAAUCAUGAUGUUGUCUGAUGUUAGCUAAAUCAAGAUGUUAGCUAUCACUGGGAUAGAGAUUCAAAAUAGGCCUCCAAAUCAUGUCUCUGCACGCUCUCUCCUGGGUUUUGGCAAAUUAUUCUCUUCACAUAGAGUUACAUAAGGUCAUGUGCAAUUCAAAGCAUUUAGCCUGUUGAGCCAUCAAUGACAUGCUUUCAUCUAGUCAGAAAAUAUGAGUGCCAAAUUAAGUCGUCUGAGGAUGAGAAUUAAUGUCUAUACGAACUAAUUGACUUAAACAGCACCAUUCUAAUAACAGAGAAAUAUUAAUUUUGUUAAUCUUGUUUUUCAUAAUUCUUCAAUAUACUUGUUAUUAUUUCGAUAUUUUCUUUCCUAGCCUAACACCCCUAGUUUCUUGGAUGGACUCUCCUGAUGCAUUAACAGGAGCAGUCCAUGCAGGGAAAUUGUGGUGAAAAAGGUAAAAGUGGAAGCAAGUGGGGCAUAGAAAAUCUACACUUGGAGAAACCUUGUGAUUUGUCAGUGCUCACUAGUUGAAAUGUAAGCACCUUUGGGAUACUGGACAUGACUUGUAAUGGCUUGUCCUUCAUCUCUGAGCACUGCUACAUUAGCAGCCAGUAUUACAGCAGCGUAUAAUGUUGUGAACCUUUGUUUGCAAGUCAUGUUCAAAUAAAGUUGUAUCAUUGACUACCAUCUUAGGCUCUACAAAGCUUAUACGGGUAUAUUUUUUUACUGAUCGUUCCAACUGCAUGGGUUCCACUCCCAUGCUUGUGACCCAAAGGCCCAAGUUAGAAAUGCUGUUGGUGUUGUGUAAAGUUAAUUAUGGCUUGAUCGGUUGACUGGGGGGGGGGGGGGGGGCUGUCAGAAUUGGGAACACAGAGAUUCAGACACUGAUUAAUCUUAAUGAUUUUGAAUUUUUCGUAAAAUUCAUCAGCUAAUUACAAAAUCUUGCAUGGUUAAAUAUGUUACUACUCCUUGUCAAAUCUUUGAACAAUGAAUAGUAAACCAAAUUGAAUUUAUUGGAUUUUUUUCAAUUCCUCAAUGUGACUCUCAUUUCUGUGUUAGAUGUUAGGGGUUGGUAGUUGAUAGUCUUUGCCAUCAGCUGUUGUUAGUAUCCUAACCAGCCACUAGGUGACACUGUGAACUGCGAUGCAUCUGGUGGCUGGAUGGAGUUCAUGAUUUUUUUACUACUCUUCGGCCUGGGGAGCAUGUCUUAGACUAGUGUGGCUACAAUGCUGGUAGUUCUAGACCAUUGUUUUCUUGUCAUGUAUAAAUUUCUGAGUAUCAUGAAUAAUGUGUCCCCCUCUAUUGGUCAUAAGAAGAACUUUCUCUGGUGUCUCGUUCAGCCUUGCCUGCCACCAGUCUUGUAAGUCUAUGUCAACUGAAACUGACUUAACCGUCUGUACAUUACUGUGCAGUGUUGUGUAUAAAUCAACAACAGUUUGAGGUCAGUUUAAUUUGACAAAGACCCUGUUUCAUCUUUCUACUGUCUACAAAGAUAAUGAAUACAGAUGAAUAUCAGUUCAUUUUGUUGUUUGUACAUAUUUAUUUAUGGCAUUAAAGAUCUUAAAUGAGUCUACGUCA